AUGACGUCGCCUUCAACAGAUCUGUCGGCCUUGACUGAGGAGCAGCAGCUAGCCCUGCAACAGUUCACAUCGGUGACGGACCAGGACCUCGAGGCCGCAGUACCGCUUCUGCAGAAGUGCCAGUGGAACGCACAGAUCGCCAUCACCCGAUUCUUCGAUGGCGAUGCAGAGACUGUCGACCCCGUCGCCGAGGCUGCGCGAGCACCACCGCCCGAACAAAAUGCGCGCAGAACAGAGACGUUGAUGGAUGGGAUACCCGCGAGGUCGUCGAGUUCGAGAAAUCGACCAGCAGGCCUCGAAGCCGCGCCUCGAGUGGUCCCAACCCCCGAGAACCAAAUCACACAACCGCUACCGUUCCCUUUCUCGAUAAUACUCCUACCUUUCAACCUCACCUAUGCAAUCUUCCAGAGGGUGUUCGGAGCAGUGGGUUAUCUCUUUCCCUUUCUACCCAGACUACUGGCUCGCUUUUGGUCAGGGAGAGCUUCGAGACCCUCAAGAGAUUCUUCAAGACGACCGCUGGGACCUAGCGACACAGCAGCACGCUUCAUCAGAGAAUUCGAGGAGGAGUAUGGGGUUACACAUGGGACGCUGCCGUUCUACGAAGGAGGAUACGCACAAGCGUUUGACAUUGCUAAGCGCGAUCUCAAGUAUCUCCUUGUGGUUCUUCUAUCCCCCGAGCACGAUGACAACGCUCUCUUUGUAAGAGAAACGCUACUUGCUCCAGAGUUCACCACGUUCGUCAACAACCCAACCAACAACAUUCUCCUCUGGGCAGGCACCGUCCAAGAUGCCGAAGCCUACCAAGUCAGCAACGCUCUCAAUGUCACACGCUUUCCAUACGCUACCCUGAUCGUCCACACCCCUUCUGUAUCUUCGACCGCGAUGUCGAAGAUCGCCACCUCAUCGGGCCCAGUCGCCGCACAAGACCUCCUUACGAAGCUACAAACCGCAAUUCAGACACAGAGCGCAGAGCUUGAGAGAGUGCGGCGGCAGAGGCAAGAGCAGCAAGCGACCAGAAACCUACGACAGGAGCAAGAGAGCGCAUACGAGCGAUCGCUAGCACAAGACAGGGAGAAAGCACGGAAGAGGAAAGAAGAAGAAGGCGCAAAGGAGAAGGCGGAGAAGGAGGAGCGGGAAAAGGCAGAGCGCAAAGCAGACGAAGCUCGAAAGCUGACGCAGUGGAGAAGAUGGAGAGCACAGAGCAUACCAGCAGAGCCCGGUGCUGAUGUUAAAGAUGCAGUACGAAUGAGCCUUCGCAUGCCAUCAGGAGAGCGGGUGAUACGCAAGUUCCGACCGGACGCAGAUCUGGAAGAACUCUACGCUUUUGUGGAGUGCUACGACUACCUCGAGGACGAAUCCGAGAAGCAGGUGCAGGAACCUGCAGCGUUCGGACAUGUGUACAAAUUCCAGCUGGUAUCGCCCAUGCCGAGGGAAGUGUACGAUUUGGACAAGGAAGGCAGCAUACGUGACAGGAUUGGGCGGAGCGGCAACCUCAUUGUCGAGAAGAUCGUUGGAGAAGACGAUGAAGAUGAAGAUGAGGCGGAAGACGAAGAGUCAUGA